UAACUACGAGGUCCCCUAAACAAUCAAAACUCAUGGAACAUUGUGCCCACAUCCCACAAUUCCUGCUCAUCUCUGACGCCAAAACCGUGUUUCAUAAUAAUUUACCCUCUCAUUCUCACUCACACUCAAACUCAAUUGAGCCAACCCAACUGAAGUACGAGAAACUUCACAAAUUAAUUAGGUAAAGCCUCUUCUUUAUUUUUUACCAUAAUUAGUUAGGUCUAAAAAGUUAAAACUCAUGGGGUGUUUAGCAACAACAGCAGGUGGGUUUUUGGUGGUUUUAAUGGUUGUAGGAGUGGUGGGAGGACAACAAAUAAAACCGUCGUGCAAAUUUACGGCGAUGUAUAAUUUUGGGGACUCAAAUUCGGAUACAGGUGGUAUUUCUGCAGCUUUUCAGCCCAUUUCUUGGCCUUAUGGCCAGACUUUCUUCAACAAGCCUGCUGGUCGUGAUUCUGAUGGCCGCCUUCUCAUUGACUUCAUUGCUGAACAAGUAGGAUUACCAUACUUGAGUGCAUACUUGAACUCAAUUGGUGCAAAUUUUAGCCACGGUGCUAAUUUUGCUACUGGAGGAUCAACCAUCCGUAGGCAAAAUGAAACAAUAUUUGAGUAUGGAAUUAGUCCUUUCUCACUCGAUGUCCAAAUCUGGCAUUAUGAUCAGUUCAAAUCUAGAACCAAGGAUCUUUAUAAUCAAGUCAAGAGUCCCUUUGAGAGAAGUUUGCUUCCAAGACCUGAAGACUUCUCAAAGGCUCUUUACACAUUCGACAUCGGCCAAAAUGAUCUGUCUGUUGCCUUCCGUACAAUGAACGAUGAACAACUUCGUGCUACCAUCCCUAACAUCAUUUCACAGUUUUCAACAGCAGUGCAACAUUUAUAUGAACAAGGAGCAAGGUCAUUCUGGAUACAUAGCACUGGUCCAAUUGGUUGUUUGCCUGUCUCACUGUUUUACAUCACGAAUCCGAAGCCCGGAUUUCUUGAUGAAUAUGGUUGCAUAAAGGGACAAAAUGAUAUGGCUAUUGAGUUCAAUAAGCAACUCAAGGUUGCUGUUAUACAACUCAGGACAAAACUCCCAGAGGCUGCUCUUACAUAUGUGGAUCUUUAUUCUGCCAAAUAUGGAUUAAUAAGCAAAACAAAGAGCCAAGGAUGGGCAGACCCAAUGAAGGUCUGCUGUGGAUACCAUGAGAAGGAUGGCCAUGUAUGGUGUGGGCAAAAGGGCGUGACAACGAAUGGUACGACAGUCCUUGGUGCAGCCUGCAAGAAGCCAGAAUUACAUGUGAGUUGGGAUGGUGUGCAUCACACUGAAGGUGCAAAUCGUUGGUUCGCUAAUCACAUACUUAAUGGCUCACUCUCUGAUCCACCAAUUUCCAUCUCUCAUGCUUGUUAUAGGAAUUAAGGCUGUUACAUAGCCUAUAGGAUUAAUAAAGGCUUUUAAUCGCCGUAAAAGUAGAGGUAAGAUUGAGAUUAGUGAUAUUUUGUUAUAUGCAUGCAUGAAGAAGUUACACCAGAAAAAGGCACAAGGAUUAGGAAAUCAGACUUGGUUUGUUCUUUUGUUCAACUCGGGGAGUUGGCUCUAGUGCAUUUUGGUGCCAAAAUCAGGAGUAUAUAUAUGUAUGGAUCGAAACUAUUCUACAUUCAGCAAGUGAUCAGAAUAAAGAAUGCACUUUUGCUAAAA